AACAUAUUUGGAUAAUACCUGCCUUGCGGCUAGUUUGGCACGCCCUCAAACAGAGCUAGUUAGAGCGGAGCUGGAGCGGAGUUCGGUUCGGUUGACCAAUCACAACAGAGUGGGCUUUUUGGGUAUGCAAGUAUGGACCUAAAAAUGAGCAUAAUAGGUCGUCUUUAAGUUUUUCUUUCACUUUUACAACAUAGUAGGCGUAGUAGGCCCCUACUGACCCACAUCUAUGGUGCUUAUAGCGACUGAUAACACACAUUUAAUGACCUGACAACAGUCUAAACUUACACACACACACACAUACAGAAUAAAUACUGACCCAAACAUAUGUGUCGUAUGACAUUUCAUUAUCGAGUCAAGCUCGAAAACCACUCUCCCGACUCUGUGUGACAAGAGUGCAAGAUGCUGAGCGAGUUUAUAUGUGUUAUUCAAACAAUCGAAACUCCUUGUAUUAUUCAUGGGUUGCUGGAAAAACAUAUGGAGGUAUUAACUCGGUGACAGUACUGUUGAAUAUAACAAGCCCAGGGCUAGGAACGCCACCGCAGCUUGAGAAUAGAGCCACCCAUUUAAUAAAACAGACAGCAGUGUCAUAUCUAAUUUAUUCAGUAUCGAAUACAAUAAUAGAGUUUUACUUUUUGUAAUAUUUUCCAUCACCUUUUAUCACACAUUCUGGUGUAGGGCUUCAUAUUCUGGGAAAUGUAAUCGCAGUUUAUCUGAUGUACUUUAUCACCUUGUUUUUAUUACUGUGUGUGAGGUAUUGCAUUUGUGAACUCACUUUUUGAACAACAGCAAAGUUAUUCACAUCUAUAGCCUAUAGAAGAGGGGCAGAUGGGCCUGGCUCAACUUCUUCACUGGGCUGUGGGAGAAUCAAGCGCUUUUGAUGAAACUGAAGAAAACAAGAUUAAAUAUGUAUAAAGCACAGUGUACUUUACUUCACCUGGUAACCCGAGACACUGCCUUGACCAGGAGGCUCACAGCGUGGUGCUGAGCUGCAGACGUGACUCAAACAGAAUUUCAUCUUUAACAUAAAUGCCUAAUGGAACGGACUGCUGCAACCAUUUCAAACUGGACUGUGUUGUUUAUUGCUGCUGAUUUUGAUGUAUUCUGCCCUGUGUGUUUUUCAGAUCUCACCCCUUUGAGCCUCUUCUAUAGGAGAAGCCUCAUAUGAUGUCAGUUUUCCAUCUUUAAGAAGUUCUGACAUUGCAUAAUGGUGCAACAAAUUCCUCUCACUAUCCGGUCCAGCAAGUUGUGCUAAUUGAACGCACGGUGUUUCCUGUUAUCUGAUAUAUUGCCGCUGAGCAACAUUUCAGAGCAACAUGCGCAGCCAGAGGUCGGCGUAUAACAGACAGCAAGCCAACGAGCACAAUGGAUAAUCACCAAAAGAGGAAUCUAACUUUUUAUACCAUUGGACUGAUAUUUAUGCUGAGCGGCAUUGAGUACGCCGUCAUUCUACCUACAAUAUGGAGGUACCUCCAGAUUUUGGAGGCCCCCCCUUACUUCCUGGGUCUGGGUCUGUCGGCCUUCAGUCUGAGCGGGCUGGUCACAGGCCCGCUUUUUGGGUUGUGGUCAGACCGGAGCAAAACUACAAAGUCCAUCAUCCUUUUCUCCAAUCUUUUUGAGAUUGCUGGUAACAUCCUGUAUUUUAUUGGAUACUCAAAGUGGCUGUUGUUUUGCAGUCGGCUUGUGGCAGGUGUCGGUGCAGGAGCGGGCUCCUCCAUCUUUGGUUUCCUGACUCGGAGCACUCGGCCAGAGGAGCGCGCUGGCAUCUUCGCGGCCAUCAUGGCUUGCCGACAAGCCGGUCUCCUUGUGGGGCCGGCGUUCAACCUGUUCCUGCGGCUGUGUGAUUUCAAACUGGGGCCCUUUGUUGUGAACAAAUAUACAUCUCCUGGGAUCUUCAUGUGCCUUUUGUGGGUGCUGCUCCAGUUUGUCGUCCUGGCUAUGUACUGGGACGUACCACCCAUCAGCUCGGAGGGGGGCACGGCGAUGGUGGAGAUAAAACAACAAGAGGAGGAGAAUGAUGAUGAGGAGGAGGUGCUGCUCAUGGGGUCCGACGAGGAGCAGGUGCACACCUACAGAGCUGUCAACUCCGACCUAGAGGAGACCUCCGCCUCAUCUGAGAAGCAACCCGUCCUCGGCGUCUCCAAACCCUUCAAACGCUUCAGCGCCAGCAGAGAGCUCCUGAGAGAGGAGGUGGUUGUUCUCCUCACGGCUCAGUUCAUCACUCUCUUCAAUCAGACAGCCCUGGAGACCAUGGUGACUCCUCUGACGGAGCGCCACUUCAGCUUCGGCGAGCUGGGCAACAGCCUGAUGUACAGCCUGUGCGGGGUGGAGGUCAUCCUGGGCUUCUUCUUUGUGCGCUGGCUGAGCAGGAGGGUGGCGGACCGCGCCGUGCUGGCCGUGGGCCUGGUCAUCUGCUGCGUGGCUUGCAUCUGGUGCCUCGUCUUCCUCUGCGACCCCCGAGGUGGAUAUGGAUGGGAGCUGUCGGCCUUCAUCAUAGGAGUGUUUCUGCAGCUGCUGGGGCUUCCCUUCGUGGCCGUGUCUCAGGUGUCUCUCUUCUCCAAAAUCACUGCCGAGAAAACACAAGGAUUCAGCCAAGGUGUCAGACGCUCAGUUGGGGGCCUGGCCACCAUCUUGGGUCCUUUGUGGGCUGGAGGACUUACAGAUAAUUUGUACAUAAUGCUGGGCAUGAUGCUAGCUCUCCUCAUACUGAUCUCAGUUAUGACAGCACUGUCCUACGAGCGGCUGACUGAGCCCAGGGCAAUGCAGUGUGCCCAGAGCUCUGACAGCGAGAGGAUAGAGGAGGAUGCAGUCAGCCUGAAGAGCCCGAGAGGCUAAAGACGGACGGAGGGAGCGCCCUUCACUUCUAAGAGAAUCAAUACAAGUUUACUGCAGAGGAAACUGUAUGAGUGUGGAAUAAAAAUGAUCACAUACUGUACUUCAGUAUGCCACAGAGGUGAACACACAGGUAAAAACACUAAGCUUUGCACAAUCUGUCAGAUUUUAUUAGAAUACAUGCACAUCCCUAUCAGACUAUUCAUUAUACUUUACACAAGGGGGCACCAUUGCUCUCAUAUUGAAUAUUCAGAGGUGUAAUUGAAGAUGAAAGCCCUUAUUUUUAAACUAAACUAUUUAUAUUCCCAGGUGUUGAUGAAAAGAUAACUGAGCAGGGUUUGUUUUUUUCCAUGUGACCCAUGUACCAAAUUUUUCAUUUCUUGUCCCGAGCCUUUC